AUGGAUACAAACAAACCAGGAUUACGACACAGCCAAAUUAGUGAAGAAAUUAUAGAACAGGUUGAACGCCAAUUAGCAGAACCUCCAUCGUUAUGGUUAAACCUGACAGGAGCUCAAAUCCUUGAGGAGGAAGGUCAGGAUAGCAAAGACAUAGUUCUACCAAAUAAUCGCUCUCAAGUCACGCAUAUUGCGAUUGAUAUUGGUGGUUCACUGGCAAAGAUCCUUUACUAUGUUCGAGACACAACAUCCCCGAGUUCGUCAAGUUCAGAGGUUCAUGAAAAUGUAUCUGAUCGUGGAGGAAGAUUAUCGUUUGUUAAGUUUGAGACUUCUAAAAUUGAUGACUGCAUACAACUUAUGAAGCAAUUAAUACAGGACCACGCACGAGAAUCGAGACGAAAGCCCGUUACGGUGAUGGCUACGGGAGGAGGAGCGUACAAGUUUUAUGAUAGAAUGUCAGAAGAAUUGAAUGUAGAGGUGAUUCGUGAAGAUGAGAUGGAAUGCUUAAUUAAAGGAUUAAACUACUUGGUGUCAUGCAUUCCAGGCGAGGUAUUCAUGUUAAACCCAGAGACGUGUGAGAUGGCAUUCGAAGAGCAAUUUCAUGACGAAAAGUAUCCACACAUGCUUGUGAAUAUUGGAUCUGGUGUGAGUAUUUUGAAAGUGACGGGACCUUCCAAGUUUGAGCGUAUUGGAGGAUCAUCGCUGGGAGGGGGAACGCUUUGGGGGCUGCUAUCCUUGCUGACGCAUGCGUCGUCGUAUGAUGAAAUGUUGGAACUCUCGAAAAAAGGAGACAACGCGGCGGUAGAUAUGUUGGUGGGCGACAUUUAUGGAGAAAAUGUUGGUUAUGAGCGGUUUGGACUGAAAGACAGCACGAUCGCGAGUUCGUUUGGAAAAGUGUUCCGGGAAAACAAAAGACUGGACGAAUUUUUACCGGAAGACAUUGCUAGGUCAUUGUUAUUAGCGAUUAGUAACAACAUUGGCCAGAUUGCAUAUUUGCAUGCGCAAAAGCAUAACGUCAAAAACAUCUACUUUGGAGGCAGCUUUAUUCGCAACCAUGUACAAACGAUGCAUACGCUUACCUAUGCCAUUAAAUUUUGGAGCAAUCAGACGAUGAACGCAUAUUUUUUGAGACAUGAGGGUUAUUUAGGGGUGUUUGGAGCUUUUUUAAAGUAUGCAAGAGCUGAAAGUAAUGUUCCUGUCCCCCCCAUCUCGUAA